AUGUCCACGUUGCCGCCGCCGGUCGUGCAAGCGGAGCUUGGAACCGCCGACGACGACACCGACCGGGUCGGCCCCCAGCUCGGUGUCGAGCUCCUCCCGCCGUAUCGGCGCGGCGGCAGAGCCGCCCCAGCCGCUGCGGAGGCUCCUGCGGCGGCUGCACCUGCUGCUGCGGGUGAGCCCGACGACGACGAGCAGCCUGACGGCGCGCGCAUUCCUGACCUCGAGGAGAGCGACGACAGCGACUGCGAGCUCGCCGAGGAGCACGACGACGGCGAGGAGAACGGCGACACCGCUGCCUGGAAGGAGAACGACCUCCGCCAGUUCUGCGCGCGCGACAGGGAGGGUGGAGACGACUUUGGCCCGCGGCUGGAACAGCUCAACCCCGCGUCGUCGCUCCUCGACUACGCCAAGCACUUCCUCCCGAUGGAGUACAUUGGCGAGCUCGCCGAGCAGAUGCAGGCGAACGGCCGGGCGCGGUGGACCGAGGGCAACGACCUCAACUACAAGAACUGGUUCGUCACCACCAAUGACGUGCUCCAGUGGAUCGGAUGCUGGAUGUACAUGCUCGCCUUCUUCACGCCAAGCGACGGCUUCGGCCCGACCUACGACUUGAAGACGUGGCUUGGGAUUGGUCACCCCGGCGCGCAGCGAGGAAUCUUUUGGUUCAAGCAGAUGCAAGCGUGCUUCGAGCUGCCAACCUACGGUUCAAGCAGCGACCCGUUCAAUGCGACCCGCAAGUUUUGGGAUACCCUGCGCGACGCCUUCUUCGCGGCAGUGACGUGCGGCUGGGUCAUGUGCUUGGAUGAGAGCAUGGUCAAGUGGCUGGGACGUGGCAUGCCCGGCUUCAUGGUGGUGCAGCGCAAGCCGACACCCAAAGGACUCGAGCUCCACACCCUUUGCUGCGCGAUCUGCGGCAUCCUCAUCUGGUUCGAGGUGUGGGAGGGGAAGAAGGCGAUGGCGACAAAGCCAAAGUGCGCCGAGCAGAAGGAAAAGCUCGGCUCAGACGGACCGUGGAGGAGCGUCGCGCUCACCCUGCGGCUGGUGGAAAAGUGCGCGUCUCGGGGGCGAGUGGUGAUUGCGGACAGCUGGUUUGGCUCUGUCCCGUGCAUCCUCGCGCUGUACGACAUCGGCCUCUUUGCCGUCAUGAACGCAGAACGUCAAGACGGCGCACAAGCACUACCCUAA